UUUUGAAAUACUUGGCUUAAAACGAUUUGUUUUGUCAAUUGUUCAUUGAGCGUGAAAUUUUUAUUCAAAUAUUUGAUCUCUCGUUUUGACAAACUUCGAUUUCGUAGUUCAAAUGCGGGAAAAGUAUAAAGAAAUCCUGAUCGAUAAGUACGAUGAUCUAUCACGUGUGGACUGCUUCGAUCGUUCAACGUGAUCCGAAAUAUUUCUGAAAUAAGCUUACAAAAGCAAUGGAGCAUAUAUUAGCUACCAUGCGAUAAUACUCUCGUCCAUGGUCCCCAUACAGCUGCUUUAGUUCAAGAAGAAAGGUUCCCAAGUCAAAGUUGCACGUCUAAACCAUCCCUGUUACAUUAUCUUCGGCUGCUAAACUGUUAUAGACAAGUUGGCUUAAAUAUGCGUACCAAAUGUACUAAUAUGUUAUUAUAAACCAAAUAUAUAUUCCGAAUACCAUGCUUUCUAUCAGCGCUAUUUUAAAAUUCAGGAUAAAUUGCAGGAGUGAUAUUAGACAUCUAUUUAGAUACUUCAUCCAUCCUUAUGCAGGACUCCCGGAUAUUGUGAUAUUAUCAGAUAGUUUCUAAUCAGAUGCUAUUAGAUAUCCAUUUAAAGAUACCCUCAAGAUACCCUCCUCCUCUAUGCGGGACCCCGAACUCGAUAUUAAAUAUAAUUAUCCUCAUUUUUACUAAGAGAUUACAUUGCCAGCAAUAGUUUACACAGAAUAUAUAAAAAUAUAGAUUUUUUUAGUGAUAUGUUAUGAAAUUCUGUUUAUGGUAAUGUUAUGCUUACUUUACAGGCCAUGCAAACUUUACAGGCCAUGCAAAAAAAACCUUUAAUAUAUUGUAACACAUUUUAUUACUUUUUUAUUAAAAGACAAACCACAAACACCAAACAAGAAGAUAGUACCACGGCUUAAGGCCUGUCCAGAAUGUGGUACAAAUUGUCCUACUGCAUGUCGCAGCUGCAAAAAUGAAAACUGCUCAUACAUUUUUGCAAAGAAGGUCAAGUCGAACCAUGAUGCUAUUGAAAAGAAAGGGACAACCAACCCAACCAAUCAAAAAGACAUGAUGUAUUAUAGGGUGCCAGCUCAACCACACUGCGCACCAUGUGCAGAUAAACGUGUGUAUGCAGAACCACCAUAUCGCAUUUGGAACCUCUGUGUGUGAGCAAAAGAAGGGUAAGGUGCCAGCUCAACCACACUUUGCACCAUGUGCAGAAAAACACAUGUAUGCAGAACCACCAUAUCGCAUUUGGAACCUCUGUGUGUGAGCAAAAGAAGGGCAGACGUCCUGCAUCAGAAACACCAAAAUGACAUUGUCAUUUUGACAUUUAAAAAACAUGGUCUGGGCACAACAGUAGAGUGCUAUGGCACAGAAGGUGCCGGUGCAGCCUUUGUUGGGCACGAGGGAGAGAAGCCUGCCCAUGAACUUGGGAAAAUGGUUAAGAAAAUGUUUGAGACGUUUAUGGAAGAAUACAGGAAGAAAAACAGGGUACCUGAUCCAGAACCACCACAACCCUUCAGUUUUCAAGAUGGUGCAACAGGUGGACCAAUGCUAGGCGCACCUUCAACAGCUAUGCCACAUGCUGCUGCUGCCACUCCAUCUAGCACAACACAAGUGCCACCAGCACCUACAACAUCUGGGCAACAGCCACCAGCACCUACAACAGCUACGCCACAGCCAACAGCACCUACAACAGCUACGCCACAGCCAACAGCACCUACAACAGCUACGCCACAGCCACCAGCACCUACAACAGCUACGCCACAGCCAACAGCACCUACAACAGCUACGCCACAGCCAACAGCACCUACAACAGCUACGCCACAGCCACCAGCACCUACAACAGCUACGCCACAGCCACCAGCACCUACAACAGCUACGCCACAGCCAACAGCACCUACAACAGCUACGCCACAGCCAACAGCACCUACAACAGCUACGCCACAGCCACCAGCACCUACAAAAGCUGGGCAACAGCCAACAGCACCUACAACAGCUACGCCACAGCCAACAGCACCUACAACAGCUACGCCACAGCCAACAGCACCUACAACAGCUACGCCACAGCCACCAGCACCUACAAAAGCUGUGCCACAGGCUACUGCUACUCUUUGUAGCACAACAAAAUCUACUUUGUCAGCAUCAGCAUCCCCACCGCCCUUCACUGUCACAUCUAAAACAGAUACGGUAAUGUAUAAAAAGGAUGAUAUCUGGUUGGCUGCUGGGAUUUUGAUGCCACAUUUAACUACCCUCCAUGGCCAUGAAAUCCCCCCGAACCAUGUGUGUGUUCAGCUCACAUCAGUCAAGGAUAACGUGGAAGCCCCUCUUGUUUUAGGGAAUAGCGUGGAGAACAGAUAUUUGCAAAAGGGGAUGUUCUUUGCUCUACCAAAGGAUUCCUUGUGUAAAGCAGUAAUGGUAGGCCUGAACAGGUUAGCUUUACAGAAAUUGUGUUGAUGCACUAAACGUUUCUCCAGCAAAUCAUGGUGCCCCUGUAAGUUAUGACUUUGUUGGGUUUUAUUUGGCUGUAUAUCAAAUAAACCUCCAUACAUUACCUGGCUAUUUGCGCACUUACUCUCAAAUGAUGCUUUGCAAGUUUAGGAGCUACAUCGGCCAUCAUCCACGUGUUGCUGGAGAAACGUUUGCUAAAACAGGUGUUAGAUUUACCACUUGGCUUAAAUUGCACCCUAGUUCCCAAAGUUGUGUGAGGAACUUAACGAUUUCCGCAUAAAAAUAAUUUUAUAGCAGUUUUCCCCUAACCUUUUGCGCAAAAACUGGCUAUAAAAUCAUCUUGAGAAGGAAAUCGAGAAUUAUAUCCAGAUAGACAUAUUUAUUUCGCACUUCUAGCAAUGUUCAUAUAGUAUAUCGUUAUGUAUUUGAGGGAGCAGGCCCCCUGGAAUAACUAUUCAGCUAACGGAGCCAGGGCGCUCAAAGUUGGUGUUUCAUCUUCAUAUUUUUUAAAUAUUUAUUCAUCGGUGACUAGGGUGCAAUUUAAACAAAGUGAUAAAAUCAAAACGUUUACCGCCAAGAAAUCCCGAAUCGGACUCCAUACCUCUGUUUUUCAUUAAAAAAAUAUAUAUAUGAAAAAUAAUUAGAAAUUGAUGCACAAAUUUACACAUCCGCGUAAUUGUAUCUAUAAAGAUUGUUGUGGAAACCACUCUAUAUCUACAUUUUUAAAUUAGCCACUUACUCUCUGAUUGUCCCUUAGUAAGGUGAUUAUUUAUGAUUCUGAGACAGCUUAGAUACAAGAUAUAUUUUUACAAAAAUGUAAUAAAUUCAUUAUAUAAAUUUAUUUUAUUUUGUACAGGUAGGGGCUUUUACAUCAGUUACAGUUAUUACAUUUUGAUGUCGCUGUCAAUUUUUUCACUUAUCAAAGUGAUUAUUUUCUGAAUAUUUAACAGCAGAGAUUCAAGAUGCAUAUAUCAUAUAUUUUUAUAAAAAUCAAAUUAUUUAAAUUUCCGAAAUAAUUACUGCUGUUUUCUCAAUUCUGUGAACUCUCACAUGUAGCACUGAGGCUUAGUGACGUGAGGCAGGAGGUGGGUUUAACAUUGUAAAUCAUUAGCGAGAAUUCGCAGAAUCAUGGAAACUGCAGUAAAUUAUCAAUUUUUUUAAGCUUUACUUAUGGAAGAACACUUUUUAUGAACUUAUUUUUGCAAAUGCGCGAGUCCCUUUCCCUUUUAUAUCAUUUAUACACCUGCCUGUUUUAGACUUCUUCUCUCUUGCAUUUGAAAAGUGGAACAAACUUUCUGCAUUUUAACAAAGAGCUCUCAGAACAAAAAUGGUGACCAUUUGCCAACUUCAACUCAAAUUAUUUGUACCUAGGGUUUGAGCACCAAUCUAUGGAGUGCAAAAUAUUUAUAUUGCCAUUAAACUAAAAAAACGUUUCUGUGAUUUCAUGUAUUGGGAUGACAAAGGCAGCGAAGUAUUACAUUGCCGCGGUGCAAUUUUGACCAUGAACCACCAUUCUCCCAAAUGAAAAGUGUUCUCCUUUUUUUAAAAAAAUUGUAAUGGUUUUUAUUAUUUUUACAGAGAGAGAUAUCUAUAUUGAAGAGUUAUUUUUAUAAAACUAUUUAUAAAUAUGUCAUAAAAUUCACAGAACACAUUAUUAAAAUAGUACUUUAUUACAAUUUUAUUUACAAAUUCCUUCAAAUAUCUAGUUUUGUUGACAUUAAAUAAAAAGUAAAAACAAA